AUGUACGAAGAUUCCUGGUACAACUUCGUUCCGGAUCAUACCCACAAGAGGAAUCCCUCUACACAACAGACCUCAGGACAUCGGAGGAGGGGAUCCCUCCUGCAACAGCCCAAUGGGGCCAAUCAGCCUGACGCCGUCGAACCGCUAGACCGGUUAUUUGAAGAGCCGGAAACAUCCAUCGACCCUCCCGAACCGACCUUGACUCGGAGAGCCAAGUCCUACUCCGACUUCUACCGUGUCGUGCGUGCGCAGCUGUCCAAAGAUGCCGUCGCGAAGAAGAGAAGGAGGAAGGCCAAGGAGAGGAGCCUAGAUGCGCUGAUGAUUGGGGGGCCCGAAAUUGACGACGCGUCCCAAGCGCUGCCCCGGCUAGCGUCUCUCGACGGUGAAUUAAUCGAGGCCAGCCAACGCGAAUACUUGCUCUACCGAGACCAGCUCGGACUGGCUGAGCGUCAUCUGGACACGUUGAUAGGCGACGCGAAUGGUGCCCUAGAUCUGCUCACAUCCCUGGCCGAUUCGUUUCGUGCUGUCGAGUCACAUACGUCUUCGUUCCAGGCCCAGUGCGAUGACCUCCUAACGGAGGAGAGAAGGCUACGGAAACUGGCCGACGAAGUCGGAACUGAUUGGUAUUAUUAUGACUACCUCGACGGUGUCACGAGGAGGCUCAAUGCGCCCGGCGCGAGUCGUCUGGCCAGCCACGAGAGCUUCGGUGAGAUCCUCACCAACUUAGACGCUUGUAUAGCUUUCAUGGUAAAGCACCCUGACUAUCGGGAUGCCGAAUCCUACUUAGCAAGAUACCAAUCUUUGCUCACCAAAGCUCUCCAUCUCCUUGAAGUCAGCUUUACGGGCCACCUCGACCGGAUCUCGGCCGACAUCUCUAAGCAGAUUGUCGCUACGCAAUCCGACUCCGCAAGGCAUGCGCUCGCGUACGGCCGCUUUGAAGAGCUCGUUCUCGAGGCGGAUGGUUUGGUUUUUAAUGUUCAGCGCGUCGUUCGUAGUUGUUAUGAACAGUUGGGAAACCCGAUACCUGGGCAGAACUUUGACUACUACUCCAAUACUGCCGUCAGUCUGUUCUCGUCCUAUUCAUCUAUUAGAGACCGAGACCUGCGCCCCAUGACUCAACAGGACCUUGCCGCUUUUAAAAAGGACGUUAAAGAUGUCAAUACCGAAACCGCCUGCCGCAACUUCAUAAAGCGAUGCUACGAGCGAUCCUUUAACGAAGCUAGCCUGUUCGCUAAGGUUUUCUCCAUAGAGCCUCAAUACAACGCAGACGUACAGUCUGUGUAUGCAAUCCUUAGGCGUCAGCAAAGGGCCCUCGUUGACGCCGCGAAUAUCGCUCCUAUCUCGACCACGCUUCAACCCGUUUUACAGCCAAGCGACUUGCAAACGGUCUGUAACUUACUCGGGUGGAUUACGAACGAGUACCUGAUACUCGAGGAUGACGAGGAGGAGGAGACGCAGUAUUCUAUCCAUUGCCACGAUCUUACAGCACGGCUGCUCAUCGAACAUCUCUGGCCUUUGACUGACAACUCUUUUGAUUCCGAAGUCACUAAAUCUAUAUCCAGGGCUUCUAUCUCCCCCGAUGCCCUCAAGAUUUCGCCAGUUGUAAAUGGUAUAGCUUCUUCCAAUGCCUAUCCAAUCACGAAACGCGCUCUCGAGCUCUUGGCCAUGUACGACCAAGCCAUGCCGAAGGAACGAAGUUCGAGUCCUGUUGUCUUCCGGAUUAUCGAUGAGACUAUUCUCGCUCUACAGCGCGCCGAGUCCCGCUUGAAGGCUAGCAAGGCUGCUACUCCUGAUCCCGACCCCGACUUAUUCAUGAUCAAGAACCUGCUCAUUCUUAAAAACGGACUAGUAUCGCUCGAGAUAGGUGACGUUAGACCUCACCCGGCCGCGAUGCAACACUUUAGCCAAAUAUGGGACACGCUUAGCCCCCAGAACUGGUUGGGCCUAUUCCGGGGCAUCCUCGGUGGGACUCUCACCCUCAGCCUCUGGUCGUCGGCGGCCAAUAGUACAGUGUUACCUGGUAGAAGCCAGGCUCCAGCGGAGCAAGAUGCCCACGAGAAGUUGGACGACCUACUACGGCAGAGCAUUUACGCGUUUACACAGCGGUGGGGAACGUUGAUGAAUGCCGCGAGAGGCGGAAAACGCGGUGCUCAGAGCUCGGCCGCGUUGGAGAAAGAGCUUGAUGAGAAGCUAUUAACUGCAUUUGGCGGACAGCCCGAGGUUGUCGCCAAGCUGAAGGAGGCGAUCCAGAUCAACGCCCAAGCUCAAAAGGAGGUGAAGGCGGAGAAAAGCGUGAAGUAG